UUAACAGAACUCAGACUUUACCCAACAAUGACAAGGUAAGAGUGACAAGCAUAAAACGGCCUACAGAUUAUAUAUGUGUUACAAAACGCUGUCAUUGCUUUCUAUUACUGUAUAGUUCUGUAUUUUUCUGAAUGUCUGAAUAUGUUUUUACAUAAAACACGCGUUGGUGACAAAACAGAUCUCUGGCAUUGUCACGUAAGACUUUAAAAAUGGUGACGUUUUGUAUCAGUCAUCGUCGUCAACGUAAGCCGGUCUGUUCGAUUCAAGGUAGCUGUCUUUGGUGGUGAAGGCCAGAACUAGUCCGACCCGGUAAGACGAUUGGUGUAGGUAUAAGCUUUGUGUAUUCCAUAAAGGAAGCUGAAGUUGAUACUUCUUGACCUUAGCUGAUAAUAAUGUUACUCUGAUUUUUUAUUUUACUUAUAUACUUUUAUUCACGCAGUUGUUAAGUGUCACGUUCAUCAUCUCUCCUUUGACAUUAACUCGGAUACAUGUCUGUUUUUGGUGGCGCAAAGUAUGCAUCAUAUGCGGGCGAUUAGUUCGCAGUGUUUCCUUGGUAUUGUUUCUCAAAGUCCAUUCAUUUAUUUUCUAUACAAGAGACUUGUGUUCAGGUUACUUCCCUGAGGCAUAUAUGCCUGCCUACUCCUUGUUUUUUCUUACAAUGCUUUCAGUUUGCUUUAAUGGCGUUUAUUUUGAGCAACUCAACAAAGAUCCCUCAAUAUUUUAUAAUUCUACUGAUAUUUUUUGCUGUUGCAUUUACGGUAUAUUGUAAAGGAUUGCCUGGAUUACAUUUCAGUCAAACAUAUAAGCAUGCCAAUCACAAAACUGUGAGUUGACCCUCAUUUUGAAAUACAUAAAACAUUGCACGACCAGAGAAUACAACAAGUUAAUUCAAUGUUUCCCAAAAGCCACGUGAUAUUUCCUGGCGUUAUGUUCGUUAUAAAAUUGUCCUUUCUUGCUGAGUAUCAAAUGGAGAUGGCUUGUGUGAUGUUAUGCUGUAUUUUCUCCUGGUUUGUAAUGUAAUUAGUCCACAAGGCCAUAGGAGGGCACUAUAGACCAUAACACAGAUGAUUUUACUUAAAUCCCCAAGCCCCUCCCAGAUAAAGAACGUGAUGAUGUCUUGUUGGGCUUUGACACAAAGAGACGCAGAAGCAGAGAGAGAAGGCGGAGACAUCAGCCGCAUUGUGGACAAAUCAUAGGAAAAAGGAACACAAUUUGAGUCAACACUCGACAUCUAAAAGACUUGUUUCUAUGUUCGUUUUACGUCGGAUUGGAUUAUGUUUUCGAUUGAUAGGCUUCCUGUAGUGGCAUACGUGGUAUUGGUGCUGCUGGACUGUCACUGGGAAGCGGUGCACGGGCAGCUCUCCUACUCCAUAUCAGAGGAGGUGAAUCCGGGGACAUCUGUAGGAAAUAUAGCCAAGGAUCUAAACCUCAAUGUCGAUGAUCUGGAGUCUCGUAUGUUUCAGAUUGUGACCGGAACGAAGAGAACAUUUUUCGAGGUAAACUUAAAGACUGGUGUUCUUUAUGUCAGUGAUAGAAUAGACCGAGAGGAGCUCUGCGCUAAGGCAACGAAAUGCACGGUGAGCGUAGAGGCUGUGAUAAAUAUUCCACUGAAGCUCUAUCGUUUAGAAAUAAAUAUUCUAGAUGUUAAUGACAACUGUCCGUCUUUCAGUGCCAGUUCGCAAAGUAUCGAAAUAGCCGAAAGCACACUACCUGGUACUAAAUUUCUUAUGCUGUCGGGACAUGAUGCUGAUGUAGGAAAGAACGGUAUCAACACAUACAAGCUAAAUCAAAAUGAACAUUUCUCAUUGUCGGUAAACAAAGGAGAUAGUCUAUCUGCUGAGCUAGUCCUCCAGAAACCUUUAGACCGAGAAAAACAAUCUGUAAUUAAUCUCACAUUGACGGCAGUAGACGGAGGGACGCCCCCAAAAUCUGGAACAUCGGAGAUAAUAAUAAAUGUCUUAGACGUUAAUGAUAACACCCCAAGCUUUACAAAACCGUUGUAUAAAACAAGUAUUAUUGAAAAUAUACCGCUUGGUACAUCAGUGAUUACAGUAACUGCAACAGACGCAGAUGAAGGACCAAACGGGGAAAUUUCAUAUUCACUGAGCAGCAAAGAUCAAGACCAUGUUUUGGAAAUAUUUCAAAUUGAUGAGCACACGGGCAUAUUGACAGUUAAGGGAAAGAUUGACUUUGAAGAGCACCCGGCUUUUGAAAUCCGCGUGCAAGCUAGUGACAACGGCUCUCCUCCAAUGGCAGCACAGUGCAAAGUACUAAUAGAGGUUGUGGAUUUAAAUGACAACACUCCUGAAAUAUCUGUAACAUCAUUAAUAAACAGAGUGAAAGAGGAUGCAAAAAUAGGUACUGCUGUCGCACUUGUGUCAGUCCUGGACAGAGAUGGAGGUAAAAAUGCAGCAGUUCAUUGUGAUAUUCACAAUGACAGCCCCUUUAGGUUGGAAACAAAUUAUAAAAACUAUUACUCUUUAGUGGUAGACGGACAGCUCGACAGAGAGACUGCUUCACAUUAUGAUGUCACCAUCACAGCUACAGACGAUGGAAUCCCUGCUCUCACAAGCACCAGCGAGCUUACCGUUCAUGUUUCCGAUGUCAAUGACAACUCGCCUCGUUUUUCAGAAAGUUUGGUCAAUGUUUAUUUAAAAGAAAAUAGUCCGGUUGGUGCGGUUGUAAAAACAGUAUCUGCAGUUGAUGCAGAUAUUGAUCAAAAUGGUCAGGUGAGCUAUUCAAUAAUCAAAAGUAACAGUAACACAUUACCUCUCUCGACAAUGGUGAACAUAAACUCAGAGACUGGAGACAUAGUUAGUCUGCAGUCUUUUAACUACGAGGAGUUAAACACGUUUCA